AUGAUUAGAAGAAGAGUUUCGGAUCAAUCUUCAUCAUCUUCGGGUGCUUCUCCUUCAUCAUCAAAAACAAGACAACACCAACUAUUAAAUAAUAUAACUCUACCAAAUACUAAUACUAGCAAUAGUGUACUACCAUCAACAUCAGCAUCUGUUGGAUCGACUGCGGAAUCGACUGCUAAAAUUAAUGAAAAAACAAAAUAUGAAUUGAGUACAUUGCUACAUAAACAUUGCUCAAAGGAUGCUGAUGCCUAUGUUGAGGAUGCAAUUUUACAUAAAUUUAAAUCAAUACUAAAGCAAGGAGAUGUCUAUGUUGAGACUGCUUAUCAUCAAUUGAUAAAAUCGAUAUUGACAAAGAAGAAUUCCACCAUUCGAUAUUUUGCAUUGACUUUUAUUCAUGAAGCAAUGAGAAGUAAACGAUUUAGAACACUUCUGGCUCAGGAUUUUAAGGAAUUUAUUAUAUUGACAGUGGCAGGUAGUCCAGCAAGUAGGACGGAUGCUGCCACUUCGAACGUUAGUAGUGGUAAAGAUAAUGCAUUCCUAACGAGGAAAAAUUCAAAAUAUAGUGCUAUUUGUGUGCCUGAUGUGUUGCCUCCACCUGAGAAAUCUGCAAUGAAAUUGAGAGCAAAGGCAUUGGAAUAUAUUGAAAAUUGGAGUGAAACAUAUGGUCAAUUGUAUCCAUCUUUUCAAAAAGGAUAUGAGUAUAUUGAAAAGAAAUUGAGAUUUCAAUUUCCUAAACUGAGAGAACAUCAUCUCAAUCAAGUUCAAAUUCGAAAUGAAAGACAAAGACAUAGACAAACUAUUUUAUUGGGAAAAUUUAAGAAUAUUAAGGAUAAUGAUUUUGAAAAGAUGGCCCACAUUGAAGUGUGUCUGAGACAACUCGAGGUUUGUCUCGAACAGAUUAUUCCAUCAUUUGAAGAAAUGAUGAAAAUUGCAAUUAGAGAGGACGAAUCAGUCAAUCCACCUGUCACUAUUGAUCCAAACUUUAAUUAUAUUGAAACUAUAAAUUCAACCUCUGAUGAGAAUAUAACCGAGCAAAAUAAUGUACAAAACGAUAAUUAUAAUGUAAAUAUGGAUAACUAUGAAAUAACUGCGGAGGAAAAUGAAGAGGAUGAAUGGGAAGAGGUAACAGGUUAUCAAGAGGAAGAGGAUGAAAACUCUGUGCCUCUAGACAUUGAUGACAUGAUGAAAGAUGUUGGUAUCUUCUCGAAUGAUUAUGAGAUUACAAUUGAUUUGAAAGAUAUUUUCCAAGACCAGGAAACUAUUGACAAUACCACACUCUUUGAAAUUUGUAAGGAAAAUUUACGUACACUGAGGAAGACAUACUUUCCUCAAAUUAAGGAAUGGAUGAGAAUAAUGACUGCUAUUAAAAGAACCAGGUGAUAUUUUCUCAAUGUAUUGACAUGAAAACAAGAUUACUACUGUAUUUGACAAGUGUGAAAAACUCAAAAUUGAAAACUUUGAGGCAAUAGAAAAGACCAAAUCAAUGGAAAAGCAAAUUGAAGCAGCAAGGAAAAUUGAAGAGGAAAUUAUUGAGGAUUUGAUUCUUAAAAGAAAACGAAACAAUACUGACUCUAGUAAAAAUAAAAAGCAAAAGAUGAAAUAAUUUAUG